AACAGUCCAUUUACACAACCUGGAUCCGUCAAUGUUUGUAAAAAAUUUGCGACAGGAAUUCGUGAAACUCCUCGCAUGUCAGAGCGGCGAGUUCCACUUCAAUCACGAGCUAAACGUCCAUCCACCGGAUGUGUGUGUCAUUCACUGCGUGUGACACAGUACCAAAUCCCCCCGCAGCAGCACAUCCACACGCUCCCCUCCUCUCAGUCUGGAGAUCUGCUGCUCUGCUUUGGACCGGGGGAAAUCCUUAACUGAGCUGCGUCAUAAAAUACGUCAAUAAACUCUCAUUCACCGACGGUCAGGUACCACAGAAGCCGCCAUAUUCGCAUCUCCGUGGCAUGGUAGCGGUGCUCUCUGCGAGCUUAUGAUCCUGUCAGCAACACCAACACUGCCCCCCGCAUCGACCUCGCAUCCCGUCCCGAUAGCGGUCCGCGUCCACGCACGACACGGCAUCCGAACACUAAAGCAGAGCAAGCCGCCCGGACUUCCACAGAGAGGGGGAAGACAUGCAGCGUGGACAGGGGGUCUAGGUUGACUACGAUGCCUUAGACUUGGUGAGCGGAAUCCUGGCACAAGAUGGAGGUAAACAGCGUUAGCAGCGAGGUCAAUGGACAUCAGAUCAUGGACGAGCCCAUGGAGGAGGGAGAGUCUUUCUCACACUGUGAAGACGGGACGUAUAAAGAGAUUCCCAUCACCCAUCAUGUGAAAGAGGGCUGUGAGAAGGCAGAUCCGUCUCAGUUUGAACUGCUUAAAGUCCUUGGUCAGGGCUCUUUUGGCAAGGUAUUUCUUGUCAGGAAGAUUGUGGGUCCAGAUGCUGGGCAGUUAUAUGCAAUGAAAGUACUAAAAAAAGCUUCUUUGAAAGUCAGGGACAGAGUUCGCACUAAGAUGGAAAGAGACAUUUUAGUGGAAGUUAAUCAUCCCUUCAUAGUGAAAUUGCACUAUGCCUUUCAGACAGAAGGGAAAUUGUAUUUAAUACUGGACUUUCUCAGGGGAGGGGAUGUAUUCACUCGCUUAUCCAAAGAGGUUAUGUUUACAGAGGAAGAUGUGAAAUUCUACCUUGCAGAGCUGGCUCUGGCCCUCGACCAUCUGCACAGCCUGGGCAUAGUUUACAGAGACCUCAAGCCAGAGAACAUCUUACUUGAUGAAGCUGGACAUAUAAAGUUAACAGACUUUGGCUUGAGUAAAGAGUCGGUAGAUGCUGAUAAGAAGGCUUAUUCCUUCUGUGGUACGGUGGAGUAUAUGGCCCCUGAGGUGGUCAACAGAAGAGGACACACGCAGAGUGCAGACUGGUGGUCUUUGGGAGUUCUUAUGUUUGAGAUGCUAACAGGAACAUUACCUUUCCAAGGGAAAGACCGGAAUGAGACCAUGAACAUGAUUCUCAAAGCUAAGUUGGGAAUGCCACAGUUCCUAAGUUUGGAAGCCCAGAGUUUGCUGCGAAUGCUGUUUAAACGUAACCCUGCAAACAGACUUGGGGCCGGGCCCGAUGGCGUGGAGGAGAUCAAACGGCACGCUUUCUUUUCCACCAUCGACUGGAAUAAACUGUUCAGGAGAGAACUUCAGCCCCCAUUCAAGCCUGCAGCCGGUAAACCAGAUGACACUUUCUGCUUUGACCCUGAGUUCACAGCAAAAACGCCUAAAGACUCCCCAGGCAUCCCACCCAGUGCAAAUGCCCACCAACUCUUCAAAGGUUUCAGUUUUGUUGCUCCAGCUCCUAUGGAUGAGAACAAGAGCUCCCCGUUGCUCAGCAUACUGCCCAUAGUUCAGGUGCAUGGGGGCUCAACCAAAUUCUCUGAUCUGUACGAGCUCCAAGAAGACAUCGGAGUCGGUUCCUACUCCAUCUGUAAACGCUGUGUACACAGGGUUUCUGGAGCAGAUUAUGCUGUGAAGAUUAUUGAUAAAAGCAAGAGAGACCCCUCUGAAGAGACUGAAAUCCUGAUGCGAUAUGGACAACACCCGAACAUCAUCACUCUGAAAGAUGUGUACGAUGAGGGCAGGUAUGUAUACCUGGUAACGGAGCUGAUGAAGGGAGGGGAGCUGCUGGAUCGAAUCCUCAGGCAGAAGUUCUUCUCUGAAAGAGAGGCCAGCGCUGUGCUCUACACCAUCACCAAGACUGUUGACUACCUCCACUGCCAAGGGGUGGUACAUCGAGACCUGAAGCCCAGCAACAUCCUCUACAUGGAUGACUCUGGGAAUCCCGAUUCAAUCAGGAUCUGUGAUUUUGGGUUUGCGAAGCAGCUUCGAGGAGGAAAUGGGCUGCUGCUAACCCCUUGUUACACGGCCAACUUUGUGGCACCAGAGGUACUAAUGCGACAAGGCUAUGAUGCGGCCUGUGAUAUAUGGAGUCUUGGAGUCCUAUUAUACACCAUGUUGGCAGGGUACACGCCGUUCGCUAACGGGCCAAACGACACACCAGAGGAGAUUCUGCUGCGGAUAGGAUCGGGGAAGUUUGCUUUAACGGGUGGAAACUGGGAUACUGUAUCAGACUCCUCAAAGGACCUGCUGUCCCACAUGCUCCACGUAGACCCUCACCAGCGAUACACAGCAGAGCAGGUUCUAAAGCAUUCCUGGAUCACUUGCAGAGAUACUCUACCACACUUCCAGCUCACACGCCAUGAUGCCCCACAUCUCGUCAAAGGAGCGAUGGCUGCAACGUAUUCAGCGCUGAGUCAGAAGACGAGUCAGCCAGUGCUGGAGCCCGUGGCAGCCUCCAGUUUAGCCCAGAGACGCAGCAUGAAGAAACUCACCUCAACAGACAUGUAGACACACGGUGCUCAUCCUCCAGUUUUGGCUUCUCUCUCACCAACUCAAAUAUGCCAACACAUGGGAGCAUGCAAACACUCAGACCCGAGCCUUGGCCAGUCCAGACCCUAAUGUCUGUUUUAAAACAUAUUUAUUUGACCCAUCCUGCAUCAGCACUCACGCUCAGAUCUCUGAUACAUGCUCACACAACACACACCGGGUGGUGGGGGGGUAAAACCUAUCUUGAGUUGGCCAAAGAGGUAAAGGGGACACUCACAUAUCUGUUACUGCUGGGGAGACAGACUUGUAUUUAAAUCCACAGCUUUCAUAUGCACUUACCCUCCUCGCCUUUCAUUCUUUCUUCCUCAUGUUGGGAAGAAGCACACCAGCUGACGUUCUCAUUCACUGUGAUUGGCUGAUUCAAAGCUGCUUCGUCAAACUGUGCCCCAAACCCCUCCCCCUACUGCUCUUCAUCAUCACUUGGCCAUCCUCCUCCUAAGUCCCCCCAUCCCACCCCUCUUCCCCCAUGUUUUCUUUUCUGCUCUUGAACUUGUUUUCUUCAACACGAAGUAAUGAGUUACAUUGAGGGUGGUGGCAAGAUGAUAUUGACUGAGGUACAUAUCAAGACUUGUUUCCUCUUGGAGACUCAAAACAACAAAAGGAUUAAAACGUUUCUGCUUGUGGCAGAUUUAAAAAAUAAAAAUACAAAUAAAAAAAUAAGUCCCUCAGGAUCAAAAUCAUUUACCAGCACUUUUGGGAACAUAAAUGCACGUUAGAACAGAACCUGUAUUUCAUUUCCCUUUAAAACUCUCCAUUUGACUCAUGUUUGUGAUACUACCGAGGUAUCAAUAAAGGUUACAUAAGCUGCUGAUGGAUGUAUGAAUAUACCAAGAAUUUGAAGGUUAUAUAAUGCAGAAAGGUUUGUUUGAAAGAUAUGUAUAUGAAUAUGUCUAUACAUAUAUAUCUAUAAAUAAAUGUGUAUGAUGAUAGAGAUGAAGAGCAUGUGGUGGAGGUGUAGGGAUUUCUCUGGGGGGGAUGGGACGCACCCCGUCGAACCAGAGGCUGAAUUAAAAGAAAAUAUUUCCAUUGAUAUCUCUUCAAAAAGACAUUGUGGAAAUUGUAUGAUAUUGUAUUUAUUUCAUUUGAUUUUUAAAAUUAUAUUUUUUUUUCCUUCAAGUUCUGUAUAUAUUGACAUUAAAGAUCAUAUGGACAUGCA